GAAACUUGUGGAACCGAAAGUGUGUGUGUGUGUGGAUUUCUGUUCUUCUGUAAAUUAAAAUGCUCAGCUUGUUUUUGAAACUAUGAGAACUUUCUCAUUGUUUCUUAUUUUCAGCACUUCUCAAAUAAAUAUAUAAAGUUUUUCUUUCCUUUUGUAUUGUAUUGGUGUUUUAAUAAAGAGUUUGUACUUGUCAUCUUAUCGUCUUCUCUUGGAUUACGGACAGUAGGUAUUCGGUGAUCAACAAUACAAGAUAAACACACUUUUUUUUUUACUUUUUCUUUGUGUGUUUUUCAGUAGAUUGUAAACAGAUUAUAUUCCUAUAACAGAAAUAAACUAACGAAUUUUCUUACCUACUCUUGAGUUGACUUGGUCAAAAUAUUCCCAAACUAUACUGUCCUUAAUAGUUAAUGUGAAAAUGAAUUUUGAAAAAACGAUUUUUUCAAGCAUCUUGACUCAGUGGUGUCGUUUCCUCUUACGUUCAUGGGAAUUUAUGCUGCGGCUGGUCAAAGUCUACCACUGAUAGUCGAUGUCUCUGUCUGUACUUAGGUCCCGCCACAUCGCAGUUACUUUGAAUGCUAUAUCGUCAUUUUAGUCGCCGAUGUCGGCUACAAACACAUAUGCACACAUGGUUUCAACUGCUCAGAUCUUCCAAUAUUUGAUUAAAUGGUUGAACUAGAUGCACGGUUUAAUAGGCCGGUCACCACGAGUGGAUGUGAUUUUUAAAGCCCAUACAGAUAUUAACUCGCACGUUCUUCUUGGAGAUUUUCAAAAACUCCAAACUUGUUUGCUGUGUAAAAGGUUGACUUAUGUGUACACGUUUACUUCUUUGUGGACAGUAAGAUGGGUGCAAUUUCCAGCUCUGUAUUUGUCUUUUCUUUUUUUAUUUGACUUUCUUUUUAUUGGUUGAAUAUGAAUUUUCAUUGACUUACACGUCAUUACGUUAUAUUUUAGUGCUUAUUAUAUUCAAAGCAACAGUCUGAACAAAGAAGAUGCACAUGAAGGUUUGCUUAUCUUUCCACAGAAAAAAUAGUAAAACACUAGAGAAAGAUGGGUAUGGUUUUAUUUGCUUGCUCUUUCUUACUAACCAUAUUCACAACCUGUGUUUAUGCAGCUAUAAACUCAUCAAGCCCUUUGUCAAUACGACAGACUCUGAGUUCCCCUGGUGGGUUCUAUGAGCUAGGCUUCUUCAGUCCUAACAAUACUGGGAAUCAGUAUAUUGGGAUCUGGUUCAAGAAAAUAGUUCCUCGGGUAAUUGUGUGGGUGGCUAACAGAGAUAAACCAGUUACAAGCUCUGCAGCAAAUCUCACCAUCAGCAGAAACGGGAGCCUGAUCUUAGUUGAUGAGAAACAAGCUGUGAUUUGGUCAACAGGAGAGGCUUCUUUCCCAUCAAGCAGAUCUCAUGCCGAGCUUCUAGACACUGGAAAUCUCGUUCUGAUCGAUGAUGUCUCAAGAACAACUAUAUGGGAAAGCUUUGAGAAUCUUGGUAAUACUAUGCUUCCUCAGUCAACGCUGAUGUAUGAUCUUUCCCAUGGCAAGAAGCGGGAACUGACUUCAUGGAAAAGCUACAGUGAUCCUUCACUUGGGAACUUUUCUCUGGAGAUUACACCACAAGUCCCUUUACAAGGCCUCAUAAGAAGAGGCUCAGUGCCUUACUGGAGAACUGGUCCAUGGGCGAAAACAAGGUUCACUGGCUUCCCACAGUUUGAUGAAUCAUAUGUAAGUCCAUUCAGCGUUGUCCAGGAUCUAGCAACCGGUACAGGAUCUUUCUCUUACUCCACUUUGAGAAACUUUAAUCUGUCCUAUCUUACCCUAACACCAGAGGGGAACAUGGAGAUUUACUGGGAUCAAGGCCAAAAAUGGAUGCAUCACCUUACAGAACCAGAACACUCAUGUGAUAUAUACGGUACUUGUGGUCCUUUUGGUUUGUGUGUGAGAUCUAGUACCCCGAGGUGCAUAUGCUUGAAAGGGUUUGUUCCAAAGAAAGAUGUGGAAUGGAGGAAAGGGAACUGGACUAGUGGGUGUGUGAGACGUGCACAGCUAUCUUGUCAGGCUAAAUCUUCUACUAAAACACAAGGCAGAGACACAGACAUCUUCUAUCGUAUGACUAAUGUAAAGACUCCAGAUCUGCACCAGUUUGCAAGCUUUCUUGAUGCAGACAUGUGUUACCAGGGCUGUCUAGGAAACUGUUCUUGUACAGCCUUUGCCUAUAUAAGUGGGAUUGGAUGCUUAGUAUGGAAUGGGAAGCUAGUAGACACAGUUCAGUUUAUGUCCAAUGGAGAAACUAUCUCCAUUCGUCUUGCCAGUUCGGAAUUGGCUGGAAGCCAUAGAACCAAGAUUAUAGUAGCUACUACUGCUUGCCUUUCGAUUUUCGCUAUCUUGGUCUUUACCGCAUUUAUGUUCUGGAGAUACAGAGCCAAACAAAAAGAACCAACCCAUGUUGGCAUCAACACUUUACAAAAUGCAUGGAAGAAUGAUUUCGAACCACAAGAUAUCUCAGGUGUAAAUUUCUUUGAGAUGCAUACCAUAAGAACUGCCACUGAUAAUUUCAGUUCCUCAAAUAAACUUGGUCAAGGUGGAUUUGGUCCAGUGUACAAGGGAAAGCUGCUAGAUGGGAAGGAAAUAGCUGCUAAGCGCCUUUCAAGUAGCUCUGAUCAGGGUACAGGGGAGUUCUUGAAUGAAAUAAGACUAAUAUCAAAACUACAACAUAGGAACUUGGUUCGGUUAUUGGGGUACUGUAUCGAAGGAGAAGAGAAGCUACUUAUUUAUGAGUUUAUGGUGAACAAAAGCCUUGAUAUAUUCCUCUUUGAUUCAACUCUAAAGCUGGAGAUUGAUUGGGCAAAGAGAUUUGAAAUCAUUCAAGGUAUUGCACGUGGACUUCUCUAUCUCCACCGUGACUCGCGCCUUAGGGUCAUUCACCGAGAUCUCAAGGUUAGCAAUAUUCUUCUGGAUGAAAAGAUGAAUCCAAAAAUAUCGGAUUUCGGAUUGGCUAGGAUGUUUCAGGGAACACAAUAUCAGGACAACACUCGAAGAGUUGUAGGAACUCUAGGAUAUAUGUCUCCUGAGUAUGCAUGGGCAGGGUUGUUCUCCGAGAAGUCAGACAUCUACAGCCUAGGAGUUCUCAUGCUAGAAAUCAUCAGCGGCAAGAAGAUUUCAAGGUUCAGCUUUGGAGAUGGGAGCAAAGGCCUUCUUGCAUACGCCUGGGAGUCUUGGUGCGAGACUGGAGGAGCGGAUCUUCUUGAUCAAGAUCUUACUGACUCAUGCAACAUAUACGAAGUUGCGAGAUGUGUUCAGAUUGGUCUUCUAUGUGUCCAACAUGAAGCCUCGGACAGACCCAACACUCUUCAAGUACUGUCCAUGAUUACUUCAACGACAGAACUUCCAACACCAAAGCAGCCUAUAUUUGCGGCGCAAACUCUAAACGAUGUGUUCACGUCAGAGUCUGAGUCUAAACAUAUCUUCUCUGUCAAUGAUUUAACACAAUCUGUAAUCCAAGGACGAUAAGUAUAUAUAUAUACUAGUUCACUAUGUAUAGAUUCAUGAACCAAAUAUUAUUGAGAUAUUGCAAAAGUGAAUUAAACUCA